AUCUGAAAGCCUUUAUUAAAAGUGAGUCAUGUCUUGACAUUACGUUUGUGUGAAUACAUGUGGACUCGAAGUAACACUCAUUGAGUGUUGGCUUUCCUCACGCUUUCAAACACUAAAUAACACUAAAACUGAUGUUUUGUUUUCAAUUUUGACUUUUGUUUUGUUUUUGUUUACAAUUAGUCUCACAAAGAGUUUGUAUCGCAACUGACGUGAAGAUGGCCUCCGAAGAGGAAUCCAAUGGUCGGAUCCGCUUUGAGAUCAGCGAUUGGGACGUCAAGAAUGAGUUCAAUCCGUCGAGAAGUACUCAAUCGAAGCGCAAACUCAAGAAUUUGCAAAUCUAUGGCAGUUUCGCAGAGAGCGAUAGCGACGACCAAAUGGACACCAAUGACACGAAACCAGUGAAACAAAAGGGCAUUAAUUUCAUUAGCGGUGGUCUUAAAGACGAUUUGGACACAAAUGCAAGUGAAGAAUUGGAUGACAACGAAGAGGUGAUGACAUUUCGGACCAAUAAAUCGAAAAGUGAGGGAAAGUCGAAGAAUAAAUGGAACCAAGAGUUCGCUGGCAUUCGGCGAACCAAUGCUUUCGGAGACGAAGACUUCGGUCGCUGGGAGUCUCACACUCGAGGAAUCGGAGCCAAACUGUUAGGAAAGAUGGGUUACGAACCCGGGAAGGGUUUGGGCAAAAACCUUCAGGGAAUCACUACUCCCGUCGAGGCCAAGAAGAGAGCGGGUUUUGGUGCUAUUGGUCUCUACGGAUCCGAACAUAAACACAAACCAAUGAAUACUGACGAGACAUUUGACGACAAUCUAAAGACUCGAACCAAACCUAAAACAGUGUCCGAAAGGAAGAAAGAAGUGAUAAAAAGGAUCAUUAAAUCGACGGAUCAGAUAAUAAGAGAACAGAUCACACGACCAAUGGAUGAAAGCGAAUUGAAUUCAAUGAAAGUGAUUGACAUGACUGGACCCGAACAGCGAAUUCUUGCCGGUUAUCACGAAAUCAGCAAAUCAUUAGGUUUUAGUCAACGCGGUGUCGAUGACGGCGAAGACGACAGCGAUUUACUCGAUGUGACCGAAAAGGAAAUUCUCGAAUUGACUCUUCAGAUAAAGAGGGAAUCGAAUCGCUUGGAGACUAUUGAGGAAGAGAUCAAUCGAAUCCAAGUGGCAAACAGUGAAAGAGAAACUCAGAUCAGUAAUUAUGAGAGCGUUUUGAAACAUAUGAUGGAUUUGAGUGAAAAAAUGAGUGAAAAGGAGCUGUCAAUCGAUGAAAUGCUCCAAAAUUACGAUCAGUUACGAAAUGAUUUUCCGGAGGAAUUCUAUUCCCUUCGAUGCUAUGAAGCAGUGGUUCCAAUGGUUUUCCCACUCAUUCGAUGUGUUCUUCAAGAUUGGAAUCCAUUAACAGAUUGCGAAUCAAUGAAACAACUGUUUAUUAAACUGAAAACUACUGUAAACUUUGGCGAAGAAGGUGUCUAUGAGUUGCUGUUAUGGGAGCUUUGGAUGCCUGUUGUGCGAAGACAUAUCUGUGAAUUGCCUUCUAUCAGACAAUGUGAUGAAGUAAUUAAUUUGCUGGAGUCGUGGCGACCACUUCUACCCGAUUGGCUCUUUGAUAACAUUAUUGAUCAAAUAGUUUUGCCACUCAUUCAAAAGGAAGUGGAAGAAUGGAACCCUUUAACAGAUACGGUUCCCAUACAUUCAUGGCUACAUCCAUGGCUUCCUCUACUGGUCGAGCGAUCACUUGAGCACUUAUACGAUCCGAUUCGUCAUAAGUUAGCCAACGCUUUGACUAAUUGGUAUCCAAGCGAUGGUUCGGCAAAACUAAUUCUGGAGCCGUGGAAAGGGGUGUUCAGCGCCGGUGCGAUGGAAGCCUUUCUUAAUAUCAAUAUAGUUCCUAAGUUAGAGAUAGCGAUGCAGACAUUAACUAUUAAUCCACACCAACAAUGUCUGGAUGUGUGGCAUUGGGUGAUGUCGUGGCAGGACUUAGUCUCCACAACAGCGAUGGUCACUAUAUUAGAAAAAAGUUUCUUUGGUCGUUGGCUUAAUGUCUUGUAUAACUGGCUCUCAAACGGUUCCAAUUUAGAAGAAGUUAGUAAAUGGUAUUCUGGAUGGAAAUCAAUGAUUUCUCCGCAACUCUUAGACCACCCGUCUAUUAAAGACGCUCUGAAGCGAGCGCUGGAUAUGAUGAACGCGUUUGCAUCCAAUCCUAACCUUCCAAAACAGCCCUUCAAUGCAUUCUAUGCCCCGAUUCGACCGCAACAACAGACCACUCCUACGAUUGCCAUCUCAAGCAAAGACGCCGUUCCCGACGUUUCCAUCAAUUUUAAGCAAUUAGUCGAACGAAGAGCUGAAGAGAAGGGAAUACUAUUUAUUCCGAUCACCAAUCGAUUCCAUGAAGCGAAACAAGUGUAUAAAUUUGGAAAAUCUAUGGUUUAUAUCGAUAGACAGGUGUUAUUCACAAUAAACAACAAUAAAUGGGUUCCCACUUCACUCCAAACACUCCUUGAUUUCGAGAGUUAACUCUAAUUAUGCGCUAAUUUUUAAUCAAAUAUAAAAUUAAACUCAUAUUUAAAACAUUUAUUGUCAAUAAUUUAAAUAUUUAAUAUUUUUAGUAAAGAUAUAUUUAUUUGAUGUAAAAAUAACA